GAUUGCAACGUUGGAAAUUGAACGGUGUGCUAAUGGCUCUUCGUUCUUUCUGUCUCUCUCUCAAGUAAGAAGGAGAAGCGGGGAGAAGGAAGAAGAAGGUAGAAGGCAAAGAAGGAAGAGCAGGAAGAAUGGAGGAACCAUCAAGACUCUCCUUUCGCAACGGCCGCUUGGCAUCUAGAAAAGCUGAGGAAGCUGCUGGCCGGCGAUUCCAAGCUGCGGCAUGGCUGGAGAAGAUGGUGGGUCCUUUAGAGUUGUCUUCUCAGCCGUCGGAGCAAGAAUUUGUGUCCUGUUUGAAGAACGGCCUGGUUCUCUGUAACGUCAUUAAUAAGAUCCAGCCCGGUGCUGUUCCUAAGGUUGUCACAAACCAAUCACUUGGUCUCACAUGGGAGAAUCAGACCCUACCUGCCUAUCAAUACUUUGAGAACAUCCGCAACUUUCUUGUUGCUGUUGAUGAGUUGAAGAUUCCUAGUUUUGAAGCUUCGGACAUUGAAAGAGAUACUAUGGAGGCUGGCUCAGUAGGAAGAAUUGUUGAUUGCAUCCUAGGCUUGAAAGAUUAUCAUGAUUGGAAACAAUUCAACAAGGGUAAUAGCUCAUGGAAAUAUGCAAAGUCCCCCAUGGUUUCUCGCACUAAAGCCGGUAUUCAUUCGAGUGUGUCAGCUAUAAGCUCCUCAGUCAGAUGUUUAGACAUGUCAGCAAAAUCUGAGAAGAAGAUUGAUGAUCAAGGGAUUCAAGGCAAAGUGGAUUCUCUUAUACAAGCAAUGGCUGAUAUCUUGUCCAGUUCAAAGGAAAAUAUUGAUCAGAAUAUCUUUGAUUCGUGGCUAAAAGGAACAGUGGAUCCUGUGAAGCUUUUUAACAGAAUCAUCUCAAGUUGCCUGCAAGAACAAAGGUUAAACUUAGGUGAAGAUUCUGUAGUGGAAAGAAAUACAGCAUUAGAUGUUUGCAGCUUGAAUAAUUCCUGUAAGAAUUGCAGCUUUUGCUUUGGGAAGACAUCUUGCAACCACUUGCAGCUUUUGGAGUCCCAAGAAACUGAACUAGAGGAAAUCAAAGCCUUGCUGUCAAAAUCCAAGUUGGAAUUUGCUGCACUUCAAUCCCAAGUUCAAAAUGAUUUGAUACAAAUAGGAAACCAAAUAGAGGGGCUCUCUGCCGCCGCUAUGGGUUAUCAUCGAGCUGUCGAAGAAAACAGAAAUUUGCAUAAUAUGCUUCAAGAAUUGAGAGGAAACAUUCAAGUCUUUUGCAGAGUCCGCCCAGUCUUUGUAUCAGGAGCCAAAAGUUCAAUAGAUUACAUCGGAAAUGAUGGUACAUUGAUCUUACUUGAUCCACUCAAGGCACAAAAUGUGCGUAAGACUUUCCAGUUUAAUAAGGUUUUUGGACCUAACGCAACUCAAGAGGAGGUCUACAAAGAGACUGAAUCCUUAAUCCGAUCAGUGAUGGAUGGCUAUAAUGUGUGCAUUUUUGCUUAUGGUCAGACAGGUUCUGGCAAAACAUACUCUAUGUGUGGCCCAGAAAAAGGAUCUGCUAAAGAUAUUGGAAUAAACAGCAAAGCUCUUAAUGACAUCUUCCAAACAUCCUGCAUUAGAGAGGAUAUCAAGUAUGAGAUUCAAGUUCAGAUGAUUGAGAUAUACAAUGAACAAGUGCGUGAUCUUCUUAGUGAGGAGACUUCAACAACAAAGUUGGAGAUUCGAAAUUGCUCAACAAAUGGUGGUUUAAGCCUUCCUGAUGCCACCAUGCACCGUGUGAAGUCAACUAGCGACAUCAUGAAUUUGAUGAAAGUAGGAGAAAAGAAUCGCGCCUUCAGUUGCACUGCAAUGAACAACAGAAGCAGCCGAUCUCAUAGUGUAUUGACAAUUCAUGUGUGCGGUAGAGAUGUUAUGGGAAACACACUACAAAGUUGCCUGCAUUUGGUAGACCUUGCAGGGAGUGAGAGGGUGGAUAAAUCCGAAGUUACUGGAGAUAGAUUGAAGGAGGCGCAACAUAUCAAUAAGUCCCUUUCUUGUUUGGGAGAUGUUAUUGCAGCUUUGGCUCAAAAGAGUUCACAUAUUCCAUACAGAAAUAGCAAGCUCACUUUAUUACUACAAAACUCCCUAGGAGGACAUGGAAAGAUGUUAAUGCUUGCUCAUGCAAGUCCAGAAGCUGAGUCAUAUGGAGAGACGAUCAGUACCCUGAAGUUUGCACAGAGAGUAUCCACAGUAGAGCUUGGUGCUGCUCAUGUAAACAAAGAAAGCAGAGAAAUUCAUGAUCUCAGAGAACAGGUAGAUAGUCUCAAGAAAGAACUGGCAAUCCGGGAGCAGGAGAAGGUCUUAUAUUUGCAUAAAAUGAGGGAAAACACUUCAUUAUUAGAGAGAAAGCUGCCAACCAAAUCUCCUCUUCCACGACCAAAAUUCAACACAGACAAUUCUGUAACACGCCUGCGGAGAUUGAGCCUGGAAACUUCCGAGCAUGGAAAAAGCCAAAAUCAAACUAAAAAAGAGUCAGAUCAACAUUUGCAAAUGGAAGAAGAGCAAUUUAAAGAUGUUGCUCAUAAAGAAAUCAAAGAUGCAACCAUUGAAAAGCACAGUCAAGUAAAUGAUAAAGAAAGGUUGCUUAGUUGUUCGAGUAUUUCAAAUUCACCAUCUGUAAAACAGUUAACAAUUCUGGGGAGCAAAUGUGGGCAAUUAGGUGAAGUGGCGACUCCUGAUACUAAUAAAAUUAAGUUGAGUUCCAAUACAUUAUCCAGCUCAAAAGGAUCGCACAUACGAAAAUCGCUGCAGACAUUUGGCAAGUUAUUAAAUGGAUCCGAGAAGAGGGACCAUCAAGUGUCAUCUCUAAUGAAACCCAAACAAGGCAAGGACUUGCAUGCUGUAACGAAAUCACCAGCAACAGUAGAAAGUAGGUAUAGAAGGAGACAGUCUUUAACCAAUGUGCAAGCAUUUGAAAUCAAGGGGUCUAGGAGAAGCUCUCUUGGAGGAAAAUCAGUUGAAUCAUGUUUUAACCAAUGCGCAAACAGUUGAAAUGAAGGCUUGUCAAGCUCGUCUGUGGUAUCAUUUGAAUUCAAGGCAGCCGCAUAAUACAGUACUUGUCUUUCUGCAUAUACUUAGGGUUAACUAUUUACUCCUGAAAAAAAAAAAUUGCGACAAACUCCUUAUAUACGAUCCAUAACAGAUCCAACAAUGGGUACCGCAGGCCUAAGGACUCCUCCAACUUUUCCUGAAUCGACAAAGAGUAAAAACAGAUGGUUG